CAGCCGACAUCGUGCAAGUCUUGGUCGAGCAUAACGCCGAUCCGUCGUUGCCGGACCUGGAUAACAACACGCCCCUUAUGAUUGCCGUCAAGCGCAACUACAACGAGAUUGUGGCCAUGCUCCAGUGCAACGACGUCGAUGUCAGCAGCGAACACGUCUUGGGUACGGGGGCAGCAAGCACCGUGUACAAGGGCGCGUUCAAAGGUCUCGACGUGGCCGUCAAGGUGUUUAAUCAGGUCCUCCAGUCCGAGUACAUUGUCAGGCUCAUCCACGUCGACAUCAACCCGGUCGAGGGGCGCGUCUCGUUCGUGCUCGAGCUCAUGGCCAUGAAUUUGCGCCAGCGCUUGGGACAAGAGAACGAAAAGCUCUCGCUGGUUGAGAAGGUCCGCAUCGCGCUUGAUGUCAUCCAAGGCGUCGCCUACCUGCACGAGAAGCAGAUUCUGUACUGCGACCUCAAGCCGGAAAACGUGCUUGUCACCGAGAACGGCCGCGCCAAGCUCGCCGACUUUGGCAUUAGCCAGCAGAGCACGCGCGGCGACGCAAAACUAGAAGGCACGCCGCAGUACAUGGCGCCCGAGCUCACGGGCAUCCCAGCCGCCGCACCUUCCUACGCCUCAGAUGUCUAUGCAUUUGGCAUCCUCCUCACCGAGCUCGAUGCCAACACGGGGGAGGUACCGUACAGGCAUUAUGGUUACUCUUGCUUUGAGCUUUGGCCUCAAGUCCGAGGCGGUCUGCGCCCCGAGCUCCGUGACGAUUGCCCUCCAUGGUUUCGGGAGCUAGCGGUCAACUGCAUGGCGACGCUUCCGGGCGACCGCCCCACGGUGUCGACGAUCAUUGACACGCUCAAGGCAAAGUUGCAGUAGAUGCCAAUCUAGUUACCCGUAGCGUUGUAUUAACCACACCAUGUAUAAAGGCAAAGUGU